AUGGCUCAUCAACGUUUGGUAACCGUAGUUGGAGCUACAGGUGCACAAGGAGGUGCUAUUGUACGAUCACUGAUUCAAACGAGCAAAUUCAAGAUUCGUGGCUUAACGCGUGAUACAGCAAGUGAGAAAGCUCAAGCAGUAAAACGUUUGAGUGAUCAAAUUGAGAUGGUCUCAUGUGAUAUCAACAAGAGAGAAGAUGUUCAACGAGCAUUUAAAGAUUCCUGGGCUAUUUUCGCUCUAACAGACUUUUGGGCACAGCCCGAUCAACCUGAUGUUGAAGUCCAACAGGGUAAAUUAAUGGCGGAUGUUGCUGCUUCUCUUCAAAUUCCAUAUUACAUAUAUAGUACUCUUGAAGAUACUAUCAAACUAAGCAAUGGAAAAUAUGAUGUGCCGCACUUUGCACAAAAAGCCAAAAUACGCGAUUACAUCAAGGAAAACCAUCCAACGUUGAAAGCAAUCUAUGUCGAACCCGCAUUCUAUAUGCAAAACUGGUCAAGCUUUUUCAAAGCACAAAAAUCACCUGAUGGUACGAUGAUUUUUGCACUGCCUGUCGACGAAAAGACGACAUUGCACAUGACAGAUAUUGAAGAUACGGGUCCCAUUGUUUCUAAAAUUUUGGAAGAUCCCGACAAAUAUGUUGGUAAAGAUAUUUGCAUUUGUGGCGAAGCUAUUCAAUUUGGCGAAAUUCCAAAAGUUUUCACUAAAGUAACCGGUGUUCCGGCUAUAGCAAAAACAUUAACGGAAGAAGAAUUCCGAUCGGGAAUGCAGUUCAUGCCUAAACUUGCACAAGACGAAAUAAUUGCUAUGUUCAAGUGGUUUGAAGAAUAUGGCUAUUAUGGCAAAGAUAAAGAUUGGACAACUGGAAAAAAGUUAACGGCAUUAAAUACCUUCGAGCAAUGGUUAAAAAAGACUGGUUGGACAGGUUAA